GGAGAGCGCCCCCGACACCAUCGACGGGAACCAGCCUGUGGUCGGCCGCUAUGUGAGAGUGGCCACACCUCUCUCCAGGCUGAGCAGGUUGAAAGAUGCGCGCUCUCCUCACGCCUGGGGUGCUCCUGCUCAUCGCCUCUGCUCUCCUCAUCCAGACAUCGGCGGGGCAGGAUGUGGACGGCGGCUGGACGGAGUGGUCGCUAGGCGGUUCCAGCUGCAACGCCAGCUGUGGCGGCGGCACCUUCCGUCGACUGCGCACCUGCAACCUGCCGGCGCCCCAGGGCGGCGGCCAGCUGUGCUUGACGGAGGGCGGCACUAGGGCCCUGACCGAGACCGAGCAUGCCCCCUGCAACACCCAUGCGUGCGCCACCUCCUUCAGUGAGUGGGGCAACUGCACGGCCUAUUGUGAUAAGGGAAAACAAUACCGGUCCUCGGUAUGCGGCGACGCACCCUGCAGAGAAGAUCAGAACCAGUUUGUGAGGGAGGAGCGAGACUGCAACACCUGGAACAGGACCGAGUGUCCUAGUCCGUGCCUGACCAAGAAUUGUCCAGAAUAUGCCAUCUGCGAGGACAAGUCAGACAACGUGGAGCCCAAGGCCGUCUGCAAGUGCACAAUGGGCUACGAGAUGAAUAAGGCAAAGUCCUUCUGUCUCCGUCCGCCGCCGACCACGCCAACCCCUCGGCCCAUCCCCACCCUGGCGCCCGAGGAGAAGACGGUGGCCGUGGUGGUCAGCAAGACGGCCUCCACCGUGCUCAUCAUCUUCGUCGGGCUGACGCUGACGCUGUUCCUGCUGCUGAGAAUUUUGACCCCGGACCGCGUGAUCCAGAUGAACAUGGAGAUCGCCAUCAUCUCGGCCCACAUCUUCCUCAUGUUCCCGCCGGGGAUCGUGGACUUGCCGACGCUCUGUCGCUUCGUGUCAAUCCUCGUCCACUUCUUCUUUACGGCCUGCUUCAUGUUCAUGAUGCUGGAGUCGCUGCACAUGUACUCCCUCGUCGCCUACGUGGUGAAAAAGGACGGGCUCUUCACGCGUCUGCAGAACACCUUGAUCGGCUGGGGCCUGUCCAUCUUCAUCGUGCUGGUCACCAUGUGCUUUGAGUACGAGAACUACGGCGGCGUCUACCACUGCUGGCUGCAACUGGACAAGCCGCUCUGCACCGGCCAGUACAUCCCCAUCAUCGCCAUCAUGAUCAUCACGUUCACGCUGAUCGAGGCGGCCGGCGCGGCGGAGUAUGCGCCGCUCAAAGACGUGGACAAAUCGCAGCGGCUGUCGGCGCGUAUAUCUCAGCGCUCCAACUUGGCCAUAAUGCCGCUGGUGUUCGCCUCCUGGGUGGUCGGCAUGCUCAGCGAGUACGAACAGGAUCUGGCACUGUAUGGCACGUUCGGCGUACUCAACGCCGUUGUCGGUGUCGUCAUCUUCUUCUUUCACUCCACCGGCAACCAGCAGGUGCGGGCCAAGCUGGUGAAAAUGGCCCAGAUGAUGAAGAGGCGCCGCCGCCGCUGAGCCCGCAGCCAGCCGGGCGCCCCAGAUCGAGCGCGAGCUGAGGCCGUGCGCUGAGCGCGAGCCCAGCCUGCCCCGA